AUGGCAACCGCCUUCAAGUGCUCGUCUGUGCUUUCCCUCCAACGGAGCUUCAACCCCACUCAAAGCAGGCACCUUCGUGUGCCUCACUCCACUCAACUCAUAGCAAAUGUCGCCUCUCCUCAGUUCCGAAUCGCCGCGCCAAGGCAUGUCCCUCUGCGUCGCCUGCACGUGGUUGCCGUGUCGGGCGGCGACCACGACCGUGCCUUCACGCGGCGGUCCUCUCCAACCAAGUUGAUCCAUGGAGAGCGGCUCGAGCGACAAACAGGAAUCGGCUUGACGAAGCAGAACGAGCUCUUCCUCGGGCGCUUCGCCAUGAUGGGCUUCGCUGCCGCACUGCUAGUGGAAGCCGUGUCGGGACGCGGCUUGGUAUUCCACAUGCACGCGCACGCGGGCGUGCCUGUCGCACAGUGCGACCCGCUCGCCCUCUCCCUCGCCGCGCUCUCGCUGCUCAUUGCGGUCGGCGCGUUCGGCGACCGAGGGCGCUUCGAGGACGAGUUGCCGGCAGGGCCGGGCAGAGCGCGAUGCACGAUUAAACAGGCGUUGGGUCUGCAUGAUCAAGGCCCGCUGCUGGGGAUGAGCAAGGCGAGCGAGCUGUUCGUGGCGCGGUUGGCGGAGGUGGGUUUAGCCGCCACACUGCUUGGCGAGAUGCUGACAGGCCACGGCAUGUUGGCGCACCUGAACGUGCACACGGGUGUGCCUCUAACGCAGCUGCAACCCACCCUGCUUGCCCCUAUCAUGUUCCUCGUGCUCGCUGCUGCUCACCCUGGUACUGGCCGCUUCGUUAAUGAAGACUGA